CUUGUACUAAAUGGGUGACAAGAAGAAGGCAGGUUCAAUUCUAGUGAGGCUUGUCUCUGCAGCUGGUACUGGAUUCUUCUAUGUGGUUAGGAAGAGCAGGAGGUUUCAGAAUACCCAGGCCAAGCUUGAGUUUCGCAAGUAUGAUCCUCGUGUGAAGCGCCAUGUUCUCUUCACUGAGGCAAAGAUGAAGUGAGAGACGCGCAGAGUAUUUACUCCUGGCGAUUUAAUAUCCUUGCCUGUUACAUGUGAAUUAAAUUUUACAUGAAAGAAAGCGCAUAGUUGUGAAGACAAUUUUGGUAUUUGCUGUAUGAUGGUUUGACUGCAAUAUCAUGGCAAACUUGUAGCUGAAGCUGGACGACUCUACAUUCUUUUAGAUUAAUAACAGACCUGCAACUUUGGGAUGCUAUUAUCUGCUUCUCCAAUAUCUAAUUCCAGAAUUUCUUUGGGCUUUUUAAAUUUAGAAGAACGCACUUUUGAUGUGUGUUGAGCCAUUAAUUCAUGCCUUUACUUGUCUUCAUGGUACUUGUGGCUCUGCAAUUCCCCCCGUCAUCUUCGUAAUCCGGAGGUUAGUCUUACUCUUGGCAAUUAGCUUAGUCUUAACUCUGCUUGGCUAUGUCAGGGGUCAUGUAAAUGUCCUGAAGGGUGUUCAUUUGGGUGUCUUUGAACCUCGGUUCUUGAGGGUGACAUGUUCUUGAAUCCAAUUUAGUUGACUUGUGUAGUUGUCAGCUAAAAGGCAGAGUGAAGCGUGAUUGAAUUUUAUGCUGGCAGAUUUAGAUGAUCCGUGCGGUUCAGUUCAUCUAGUUGAUUUGGUGCCGUAUAAAAUUGAAUGCUUGAUCACUUGCAAUGCUGCCGUUGCCUGCGUGGCUAAAUUCUAGUUUCUAGUGUAUAUAGUUCCCUCUUGUCCAUUUAGUACUCCCUCUGUCUCACUUUGAUUGAUAAUUCUGCUUUCUAUCUUCCCCAAAUUGUAAUUCAUUUUCUAAUUGAAGAACGUAGUUAUCUUU